UCUCCUUUUCUCUUCGCGUGCGCAUAGGGCUUUGAAGUGUAACCAACUGCUGUCCCGGAGUCAGUGCUGUAGCCUUGUACAUGAUAGGAAAUGUACUCCAGGAGCUCAGAGCCGUGUAUUGUUCUCAUAACAGCCUGAUCCUCAGUUACAACCGGUCCCCGGUGCUCUGGGUGGGAGGUUGGCUUAAACUUGCGCUGAGGCCAAAUCUAUCGUCACACCGAAAGGGGAGCGCGGCUGGAGAAUAAGGAGAGAUAGACACAGAACAACUUAGACAGCAAACACGAGGUAACGCCGAUGCUGAAGAGACGAUUCAUGUGACUGCGAGGACGCACACCGACGGCAAAGAGACACGUUUCUGCUCCUCAGUCGGAGAUGAAUGGAAGCGAUAACACAUGGGCACAGUCGGAAUGCUAACGUGUGUUGGCAGUAUGGACAUGCACGUUUUGCGAACUGAAACAGGUUGGUUUCACCGCGAUCAAACUUCAGCAGGAUCAGACGUGGGACGAUUAGCGCGCAUUUAGGUGCUGAGGAUGAACUGAAUCAGUGCCACGCGCCUGGAGAUGACAGCAGGCUUAUUAUGGGAAAUUGCGCUCCAUCGUUCACUGGACUUUUACUGGAUUGAAAGGGUUAGCCUCAUCGCUGCAUGUGGUGUAAAAGCACAGAUGGAUGCCCUGUGUAAUGGAGCGAUGAAACCUGAGGGCAGUGAUCCCCCCAUAGACCCCCGGCCCCCUCCUGCCAAGCUGCCUCGACUGGAACAAAAUGGAGCAGGACCCUCUGCCCAGGAGAGGAGCAGGCAGGGGAGCCCCGUGGCCAAAAACCCCAGCUUGCCCCAGAAGCCCAACACAGCGAGGCCACAGAGCAAGAGCUGGCACAGCAAAGGGAGUCUGCUGCCAGUGUUCUGUGUGGUGGAGCACAAGGAAAGCGCUCUAGAAAGGGAAAGGAGAGAAGAACAUGCUGAGUUUGUGUUGGUCAAGAGAGACCUGCUGUUUAACCAGCUGAUAGAGAUGGCUCUGCUGACUCUGGGCUACUCGCAUAGCUCAGCAGCACAGGCCAAAGGUCUGAUCCAGGUGGGAAGGUGGAACCCAGUGCCUCUGUCCUGUGUGACAGAUGCUCCUGAUGCCACAGUGGCUGAUAUGCUGCAGGAUGUUCACCAUGUCAUUACUCUUAAAAUACAGCUGCAGAGCUGUCCCAAAUUGGAGGACUUGCCUGCCGAGCAGUGGAGUCACUCCACAGUGAGAAACGCUCUGAAGGAGCUCCUAAAGGACAUGAACCAGAGCACUCUGGCAAAGGAAUGCCCACUAUCCCAGAGUAUGAUAUCAUCUAUUGUAAAUAGCACUUACUAUGCAAACGUCUCCGCUGCCAAGUGUCACGAGUUUGGUCGAUGGUAUAAGCACUUCAGGAGGACCAAAAGCUUCAAAGCCACAGAGAUUGACAGCUUCUCCGAACAAUCUGCACAUGUCACCCUGACCCAGCAGCCAAUCCCAAGUAGCCCAGCUGACCAGAGCUCCACCCUUCUUUUCUCUUGUGGAGAUGUUGCAAACAUAUGUGGCCGUUCCCCGCUUGGCCUGCGCCCUCACAGCUUGGUAACCCAACCGCUCAGCUCUCAAAUGGUCAACCAGCAGCUGGUGAUGGCCCAGUUUCUCAACCAGCAGUACACUGUUAGCCGCAUGCUAGCUGGGCAGGGUCACCCACCGCCACCUCAGCAGUAUCUCAACCAUCCACCUGUGGGGAGGGCGCCUGCUAAAGUCUUCUCCAAACCGCCUGAGUCCCAAGCCCCACAACAGGCACACUGUAGCCCAGGAGGAGGCCUUACACCUCGGCCGCAAAUACAGACAUCAGCAGGGUCUGCUGUGGGGCUCUCAGACGUGCCAAAUGAAAUCUACCACUGUGUGAGAGAGGAACUGAAGAGAGCGGGCAUCUCCCAGGCCAUCUUUGCACGGGUUGCCUUUAACAGGACCCAGGGUCUUCUAUCAGAGAUUCUGCGGAAGGAGGAAGACCCUAAACAUGCCUCCCAGUCUCUUCUGGUGAACCUGCGGGCCAUGUACAGCUUCCUGCAGCUGCCUGAAGCUGAGAGGGAACGCAUCUACCAGGAGGAGAAAGACAGGAGCCUUACGGGAUUCACCCCAAGCUGCAACAACACGCCACCAAGACCCACACAGGACAGCUGAAGAAAGACAGGAAUCAUGGAGAGUAGAGAGUGGAGGAUGACAUGCAGCAAAGGGUGGUGGGCGCUUAACAAA